AUGUUGGUUUUAAUUCUACUCAACAGCAAUGGACUCCAUUCAGAUUUAUCAGACAAGUGUAUGCUUUCAGCCCGUGGAAAUGAAUCCAGUAUCACAACAAUCAGACCAGAAGAGGCACACUUUAACCACAGGAAACUUUUGGUACAUGAUACAUGCACAAACAGAGAUAUAAGCAUUUCUCAAAGCAGAUAUUCAUCAUCUGGGAUACCAAAAUUUAUAGUUCAAAUUGUGAACACUUGUGUCUCUGGUUGUGUUCCUUCCAACAUUCACCUUCACUGUGGUUGGUUUGCCUCUGCAAGCAUUGUCAACCCAAGAAUGUUCAAGAGGCUAUCUUACGAUGAUUGCUUAGUGAAUGGAGGAAGGCCUUUGAAGACCAGUCAGAUAAUAAGAUUCACUUACUCAAAUUCUUUCAUGUACUCCAUUGCAUUCAAGUCUGCUAAGUUUUGCUGA